AUGAAUGCAUAUCAAGCGUACUUGGUUUUUCGUGAAGCCACAGCGUCCGGUGAAGGUGCCACCGCCGCGGUCAGCAGUCACCCCUCCCUCCGCCUUCCCCUCCUCCCCUCUGCCGGCUCCCUCUGUCGACCGCCCGCUGAUAGAAACUGGAUCCACCAUCACCUCCACCACCACGCGCAUCCCGCAACCACUGCCUCCGCACCUCCCCAUCGAUGCCCACCUGUUCCCGCUCGUCCGAUUGCCCCGUCGGACGUUCCUAUGCAGGAGGACGGCUUGGCGGCUUUCCUGUCCACCGUGGAUGCUGCGCUUGGCGCUUGUGAUGUUGUCACACCUGGCGUGCGGACGGGUGCCCCACCCAACCCCUCCCUCUCCUCCAUCAGACAAUCCCGGGAGACCUGUCUCGCCGUGUGGCAGGAGUUCUACUUGUCAAGACGAAACAGCCUCCCUGCAGAAGUGCGGCUACAGCUGAGACAGCCGACCUUCAACAACUGGUCCCACUCGGACGCCCAGCUGUUGCGAUUCGUGCGAUUCUUCUUCACCGGCGACACCACCGAUUCUGAGUUGUGCGAUGAACGCCUGCAACUGACGCGACUUUGCGGUAUUCCUGAGGAGGUUUUGGAUGCCUGGCUGUGCGUCGUCUACGCCAACUACAACGCUGUACAGUUCCACAACUUCAAGCACGCCUUCAUGGUCACGCAGAUGGUAUGUGCUCUGCCGUGCAGCGCCUUUUCCUCCUAA